AAAUAAUUUCAAUCAUACUGUUCUAAUCCAUCAUCUCCUCCGAACAACAAUAAACCAACCACUCUAAACCAAAAUUCCUUGUCCCUUUCUUUCUCCUCCUCAACCCAAUAGAAAUCAACUCCAAACCAAAAUCUUUCAUAAAAAAUUGAAACAAAACAGAAGAAAGCAAUGACAUCACCGAGAAUUCGGGCAGAACCAGACCUCCCGGCGGCGACGGCGAUCCUCGUCCAACCCUCCUCCCCGCGGUUCCCCUCCGGUGGGGCCCAGCGCAGGAUCGGCAUAGCCGUGGACCUGAGCGACGAGAGCGCGUUCGCCGUCCGGUGGGCGGUCCAGAACUACCUCCGACCAGGCGACGCGGUGGUUCUCGUCCACGUGAGCCCCACGAGCGUCCUCUACGGCGCCGACUGGGGCGCCGUCGACGCCACGGCUGCGAGCGACGAGGAGACGCAGAGGAAGCUGGAGGACGACUUCGAUGCCUUCACCACCGCCAAGGCGAAUGACAUGGCGGGGCCUCUGGAGAAGGCCCAGAUUCCGUACAGGAUCCACAUAGUGAAGGACCACGACAUGAAGGAGCGGCUCUGCUUGGAGGUGGAGCGCCUCGGCCUUGGCGCCGUCAUCAUGGGCAGCCGAGGGUUCGGCGCCGCCAAGCGGACCACCAAAGGGAGGCUCGGUAGCGUCAGCGAUUACUGCGUUCAUCACUGUGUUUGUCCUAUUAUUGUCGUCAGGUCUGCUGAUCAGGAUACUAAUAAGGAAGGGAACGCUGGCGUUAAGACCAGCAAACCGGAGUUUCAAGAACAGCAAAAUUCCUUGGACAAGUCAUAAUCAACAGAUAUGGACGCAGACGGGGCUGGAGUGUUUUGAAGAUGUUUGGAAGUUCAAAUACUUCUAGUUCAAAUGUGAUGGUGUUGUAAUUUUUGUACGUUAAGUCUGGUAUAUAUGAGGUCCGUAUCUUUACUUUCGUUUUGGGGGAUGAGUUAUGCGUUAUUUUCUUUCUUCUUUUUAUGAACUUUUAUGUUUAUUAUAUACAUUAGGCUGCAACUUCAUAUGUUUGUAUACGUGUAUGUGACUGUAGUCCCUCAAAUGGACAAGUUCCUCAUGUUGAUGGGUAACAUUAAACUAGAGUACUGUAGUUAGGGAAAAAAUGGAAAAAAAAAAAAAAAGAUUUAUGACGUGACAUUUUUGGUUUGUUAUCUCUCAACUAUAAUGUGACCUAUCAACAAAGGGACCGAUCCCUCUUAGGGACUACACCCUUUGCUCAAACUCUUUCUAUGCGGCUGCUGCAAUCGUCUCGUGCCGAGCUUGGUAUCAGAUUUUUUUUUUUUAAUCGGUAAGCACCUUUGAGAUUUGGGGUC